GGGGACCCCCUGGGGCUGGGCUGCCCCCCCCAGACUCACCUCCCCAAGCAAUAAGGACCCUCCCCUCUCCUGACCCUCCUCCUGGCUGGAACAGCAAGGUUUUGACUUCCAAGUCUGCAGUUGGAGGAAGCAGAGCCUCCAGCUGGCCUCUUUCUCUCUCUCUCUCUCCCCCUCUCUCUGUCUCUGUCUCCGGAUCUCUGGCCGCCCCCAUGGGGACUUUUGAUCUCUGGACUGACUAUCUGGGCCUGGCCCGCCUGGUGGGGGCCCUGUGUGGCAGAGAGGAAGGAGAAGUGGGAGAGGAGGAAGAAUUUGAGGAGGAGGAGUUGGAAUUGGAUCUAGAAGACGAGCCGGCGGUCAGAGUGGACCCCCAGCCGGAUCUGGUCCCCGGCCCCUCGGCGGUGGCGGUGGGGACAGGGGGUGCGGUGGGCACUCUGGACCCCGGGCCCCCCGCCCCGGCCGCGACCCCCACGUCCCCCGAGCUGCUGUGCUCCUUCUGCAAACACAACGGCGAGUCCCGCGCCAUAUACCAGUCCCACGUGCUCAAGGACGAGGCGGGCCGUGUGCUCUGCCCCAUCCUGCGUGACUACGUGUGCCCUCAGUGCGGGGCCACCCGCGAGCGUGCCCACACCCGCCGCUUCUGCCCACUCACCGGCCAGGGCUACACGUCUGUCUACAGCUAUACCACCCGCAACUCUGCCGGCCGACGCCUCGCCCGCCCCGGGGACAAGGCCCGCCCAGCCGCUGCUGCUGAGUCUGGACACCACCGUCGGGGAGCUGGUGGCACCCCAGGAGCGGCACCCGGUUCCAGGGCCGCCGUGAAGCCGCCGGGACCCCCGCCGUCUGCCUGCUGCCCGUCCACUUCCACCUAGGAGCCCCGCCGUGCCCGAGGAUGGACACACACCGGCACUCAAUAAAUGCUGAUGAACGAAUGGUCCAGCCGGGCGAGUGGCCUUUGGGUGCCGGGGAGAGUGGGGGUCCAGGAGGGGCGAACCACUGCCACCCCACCGUGUGUCCCACAGAGCCCCUCCAAAAAAACUAGUGCCUCGCUGCCGAGUCGGUUUUGGGGUGCCGUGGGCUCGUUUCUGUGACACCUGUUGGUGUUGGUGUAGUCCUUGGGGUGCGGGGGGGCCUGUUUCCAAAAGGAUUGGGGAGCUGGUUUGACGGCGGCCUCAGAGGUGGGCGGUCGGAUGCAGCCCCCAUUUCCCCAGCAGCCUCCCUCAGGGGACCCUCAGUGCAGCCGUCGAAUGUCCCAGAACUGGGGGACCCUCAGCUGGGCCUUUCAGGUGCUGCCCGGAACCCCCAAACCAGAGAACAGGUCCUUGGGAAAUUCACUGCAACUCUUUGGGGGGAAAAAAAAUUUUUUUUUUUAAUUUUGUCUUUACAAUUCACAGCUUUACUUUCACAAGGGGAGACCAGGGGAUCGAACCUGGGGCCU